AUGCUUACAGGUAGUAUUCCCAAUUCUAUUGGAAAACUCUCCAUGUUGGAAAUCCUCAUGCUUGACAACAAUAACAUCUCUGGAGAGAUUCCAUCGUCUAUUAGAAACCUGAGUAGGCUUGGUACACUUGACCUAUCAACAAAUACGAUUGAGGGAAGCAUUCAUAUUUCUGCAGGCAAUUGUACCAAUCUACUACAAAUUCAUCUUGAUUAUAAUCGUCUCACGGGAGAAAUACCUUAUCAAAUCUUUAGUCUCUCUUCGCUCAUUAAUCUAUCCUUAAGUCAAAAUUACUUAACAGGACUACUACGGCAAGAAGUUGGUAACUUGAAAAAUCUGAAUGGACUAUAUGUAUCAACAAAUAAACUAUUUGGAGAAAUCCCCGAAACUCUCGGCAAUUGUGAAGUUUUAGAAUUCCUGUACAUCGAUGGUAACUUUUUCGAAGGUACAAUUCCAACGACCUUUAGACAAUUGAAAGGCAUUCAAGAACUAGAUGUUUCUAGGAACAACUUGUCUGGACAAAUUCCAAGGUUUCUUGGGGAGUUUCAGUUCUUUCAAUAUCUUAAUCUGUCCUACAAUAUGUUUGAUGGUGAAGUUCCGAAUGGAGGUGUUUUCACAAACAUUAGUGCCUUUUCAGUAGUUGGAAAUAGUAAGCUAUGCGGAGGAAUUAAACUAUUGCAAUUGCUUGCAUGCCCAAUGCAAGUCUUAAAUGAAAGGAAACAACCUUUCAACCAUAGAGUAAUAGUUCUAACAGUUACUCUCAUUAUUGUUCUAUUAUCAUUGUGCAUUUUAGCUAUUAUUUACCAAAACAAAAGGUCGAGACAGCCAGUCAAAUUAGCCUCGCCUUUGCAAAACCAAUAUUUACAACUAUCUUUUGGAGAACUUUUUCAAGCAACAAAUGGGUUCUCUCCAUCCAACUUAAUUGGUGAGGGAGGAUAUGGUUUUGUUUAUAAAGGGAUUCUCAACUCCGAGGAACAAAUUGUUGCUGUAAAGGUGCUCAAACUACAUGAACAUGGAGCAAACAAGAGUUUUGUUACAGAAUGUGAAGCGUUGAAGAACAUUCGCCAUCGAAAUCUUGUCAAGAUAAUUACAGCUUGCUCAAGCAUUGAUUUUAAAGGCAACGACUUCAAGGCUUUGGUCUUCGAGUUCAUGGAAAAUGGGAGCUUAGAAAAUUGGUUACACCCAAGUCUUUUAGAGCAACAUGAACCUAAGAACUUGAACUUUGUUCAAAGGCCGAACAUUGCCAUUGAUGUGGCAUGUGCAUUGGAUUAUCUUCACCAUCAUGUGGCAUGUGCAUUGACACAAUCAAGUUCAAUUGGGAUUAGAGGAACAAUUGGCUAUGUUGCCCCAGAGUAUGGUAUGGGUGAGGAGGCAUCAACGCAAGGUGAUAUGUAUAGUUAUGGAGUGUUAUUAUUGGAAAUGUUCACAGGAAAAGGACCAACUAGUAACAUGUUUACAGGUAAUGUAAACCUCCAUAGCUAUGUAAAAAUGUGUCUUCCGGAGCAAGUAAUGCAAAUCAUUGAUCCCCAAAUCAUUUUGGAAAUGGAAGAGGAGCCAAGUAGGAGCAUGCAAAAUAGUACAACCAACAUUUCUAAACUAAAGACUUUCCUAGUACCAGUCUUUCAAAUCGGAGUUUCAUGUUCUGCUGAAAUGCCGAGUGAAAGAAUGAGUGUGAAAGAUGUUCUCAAGGAACUACACAAGAUUAGAAAUGUAUUUCUUGGGGGGUUUGGGGACAAAGGCAUUCAGAUGGAAGAAGAAAUGAUUCUUAACUAA